AAGAAAUAAAAAGAGGGAAAAGAGAAUUUGAGAUAUGAGAAAGACGAACAUAUAAUCCGGAAUCUGUAUUCUGUUAUUCAUCUUGUUCUUGUAAAUCUAAUGGCGGAAGAUAAAGAGCGGGAGAGUGGACAGAGCAUCGCCACAUGGGGGACAUGGGAGGAGCUUUUACUCGCCUCUGCCGUCAUGCGCCAUGGAUUUAAGGACUGGAAUUCUGUCGCCAUGGAAGUUCAGGCUCGUUCUUCUCUCCCUCAUCCCCUAACCACCGCCUCUAACUGUGAACUCAAAUUUCUUGACCUUAAACGACGGUUUACUUCUUUUCAAAACGAUGCCGUUUUGAACGAGAACGGCGCUGGAAUUACCGAUAACGUCGAUAGCGCCGUACCUUGGGUUGAUGAGUUGAGGAAACUCCGCGUUGCCGAACUCCGACGAGAGGUCCAGAACUAUGACGUUUCAAUCAACUCGUUGCAGUUGAAGGUCAAGAGAUUGGAGGAGGAGCGAGACCAAGGCUUGAACGACAGCGAGGCCGGCACUGGAAAACCAGAUCUAAAGACGGAGGCUAGAGAACGACGAUCAGAAAACGACAAAAAGCUCUUCGGAGAACCAGACCACCGGUCCGGAUCGAAGGGAACAGUCGUGAAGCCAGCGGCGGUUCCUGGAGAAGAUUCCGACCGGGAGGAUUUCUCCGUCAACCAAUCCAAUUCCACCGGUUCCAAAAGCGGUAACCGAAAAAGCACAGCCGAAAACACGAAAUCCGAAACCAAACCGGAGUUUACCGGUUCAUGCAGACCAGAACCGAACCGGAGAGCCGCUGAACUAGCCGGACCGCAGUCGGACGACGGCAGUACGGACACUGUGGUUAAGAACCCGACGUGCGACACAUCUGGCACGACGAAGAAGAAAAAGGAGACGAAGCGAGUUGACGACUCGUCCGAGUUAGCGGACUCGGAGGCUGAGUCAAACGGCGGAGAAACCGCAACGAGAGAGAGCAGCGAAGUACAAAGCUCGGCGAGUUUGACGGGAAGGAUGAAGAGGAGGAGAUUCCUUAGAAAGGAGAUCUCCGGCGGUAGCAGCGGGAACGAACCUCGCCGAACAGUCGCCGUCAAGUCACGGCGGUUCGAUGAGGUUUUGCAGAUGAUUCGAUCGCAUAAACAUGGCUCCUUGUUCGAAUCCCGUCUUCAAAGUCAGGAGACGGAAGAGUACAAGGGCAUGAUUCGGCAGCAUCUUGACCUGGAAACAGUUCAGGCCAAGCUCAAUUCUGGCUCUUAUCCGUCGUCUAGCCUCGCAUUUUACCGAGAUCUCUUGCUUCUUUGCAACAACGCGGUCACCUUCUUCCCCAAUUCGUCUAAGGAGUAUGUAGCUGCUCGUGAACUUCGUCUUCUUGUCUCAUACGAAAUGAAGAAGAGUAUGCCUGUUGCAAGGGCUGACCCUUCACCAGGGGGUUCGUCCCCACCAAAUCCUUCUUCCCAAUCCAAGGGUCCUCCUGAUCUUGAAGGAUCUCAGUCCCUGCCUGCCAAGCGGAAAUCCCAUGUUCCUAUAGUAGUUUGUCGGAAACGGAGCAAGAUUUCAUCUAAGCUUUCAUCAAGUGGUCUUGGUGAAAAGAGUGAUCGAACCAAUGAUGAUGAGAAGUUAGCCCUUGAUCUUAAAUCAAGUGUUAAAAUGGCUUCAACGGUGGUUGAAGACCAUGGUACUACAAAAGAUAGCAGCAGCAAGAUUAAAGAGAGAUCUAUAACUGGAGCCAGAAGCAUGCGAAGGAGCAAUGAUAGCGCCACAAACUCGAGUGGCCCCAGCAUCAAGAAACAGACUACGAAUUCUGGAUGGAAACCCAAUUCAGCCAACGAAACAGAGACACCAACUCCAGAUAAUAAGAAAUCCGAGACAGUUGCCCUAGAGAAGAAGCGAAGUGCAGCAGAUUUCUUGAAGAGGAUCAAGCAGAACUCACCUGCAGAGACUACGAAGAGAAAUGGCAGAGGUGGAAGUAGUAACAAAAGUAAUGCUACUGCAGCAGCUGGAGAACAAAAGAAGGGCAGUGGCAAAAAUGGAGGAAAGGAGAAAGCGUCAUCCAUAAGGCAAAGCAACGAAAAGAAGCGCCUAAAGGAGGAUCCUAGCCCUUCCAAGCGCAGUGUCGGGCGACCGCCCAAGAAGGCAGUGGAAGCCAAUCCCAAUCCCGCUCCAACAAAAAGAGCCAGGGAAGGUGGUGGAAAAGAACCGCUGAAGCGGGCAAGAAAAAGGGCUAGAAGGUGACCAUAUCAAGUCUUCUGCUGCUGAUUGUUUGUAUAGUAAUAGACUUAGCCUGCAGUGAAUCAAUAUGUAUUGCAUUUAAUUAUUUUUAACUUCUAAUUUGUUACACGGAAAAGUUGGGCACUACUUUCCUUAGUUUCCUGCUAAAGCUGGUUAACCAAAUAGUUAUAAACUUCAAGUAGCUCCUAUAUUCAA